AUGAAGGGAGCACUACUUCUGCUGGCCCUGCUGGUGACCAGAGAGCUGACCUUUGAGAUGCGUGAGGCCGAAGCCUGCCCUGUUUUUUAUGGAGUCCUUACCACUGUAUCCCUUGCAUUACCACCUCAAUUGUUGAACAGCACCCUCGAUUUGGUUGAAGCUACCGAUGCAGAAAAAGUAGCACUACAAAAAACUCGAGAUUGCUUCGCUGAGAACGGACUUGGGAACAGGUUGAAUCAUCUGAGAAUCGAGCUUUCCAUCAUCUUCAGUAAAGACUGCACUGGCUAUACGUUGUCAUCGGUGGUGAACACUGCUUCAGGAUUAGGUCUCAGUCUGACAUCUUUGGUGACAUAA